ACUGUCUUCCAAACGUAGCUGUGCACAACCGUAAUGAAUCAUUACGAGUAUUACGAUGCACGUUCUGAGUUGAUACUGAUAUAAUGCGAUAAGCUGAACAACGCGAACUGGAAGAGGAGAAUUUAUAGCAGGCUGCGAUGCGCCAAGGCCGCCCAGUUGUUGCUAUUAUGUAAAUAAUGCACUCUUAUGUCGUGCACUCCGUGGCACUCGCCUACCGACUACUUCUGCUCAUCACGGCGACCUCUCCACAUACCACUAGCAAAUUGUUAUCAUAAACGUUGCUUGCAUUUUUCAAAAGCCCUUAACUUUUAUGUGUUUACGAGUUCUUGUAAUUUUGCUAACGUAAGAUAGGUAAAUAUUUCUGUCACAACCAACGGACAUGUAACUCUCAAACUACUACGCAAACAAUAAAAAAAUCUCGUGUAAUUAAAUAUUACAUAGAAACUCAUACCCAAUCUUGAAUCACGGAAUGUGCAAAAACUACGUUAGAAAAUUCUCGAUUUUUUCAAAACAAGUUCGGUUUACAUAAACAGUUUACGGGACUUAAUACGUUGUACAUACUCGUAUAUAAAACAAGUUAUCACCUCGGAAAUACCUUAAUUAGAGAGGCUACUCCUAAUAUAUUCAGUCCACAGUUCUACAUCUGAAUUGAUAGAACACGUAUUAAUUGCAUACUGGUCUGGACUUUAGAUAAAAGAGGCGAGAAACCAAAGAGAGUUUACUUAAGCAAAUUGUAACAUUUAACUGAAGGUAAUAAUGAGUCACCGUGCAGUAAUCACGACCUGUCACAACUUAACGGUAUUACAAUUUAAUAAUUCAAAGCCUCAUUCCAAUUCUUGAUUGAACGCAAGACUCGAUUAAAAAAGGAUUGGAAAAUCAGGAUAUGCGUCGUCAGUCCCGUCAAUCCGCUUAGCACCAGAAGAAGUAUUAACUUGAGUUUAUUUAUCAAUCUUGUCUUCACAAUUUGCUCCUCCACAUAUUCCAGAGAUGGUUUUAGUAAAUAAAUGAAGUUUUCCAAUUAAUAACACAGAUGACUGCGUAGCUGAUGAACCGAGUGAACACAUUUAAAUACGCGUCAUACUUAUGCUUUCUGAAUAAAUCGUGCAUAUAUCAUAACAGAACAAUCACUCAAGUGUUUCACAAAUGUGAAUAUAUAUUAUGUUGGAUCGUAAUGCUUCUCUUGGUCGUUACUUCCUACAAAGGAAUAACUAGCUUCGUACAAGAGUUGUUUAUUUUAUUCGAGAAUAUCAGCAAUAGUCGUGAGGCACGUCAAACUGAUCACACUCGCGGCUUCUAAAUCAAUAGGAGCGAAUCGGUGUGCGGAAGCGCCGAGUGGUGCCCUGGUGGGGUGGUGCCCCUGCAUGUGGGCUUAUCAAAUACAUCAUUGUCGCCACCGAGACACGAUUCACACCCGAGCACGUGGAACGGGAAUUAAUUAUAUUUCCAUAAACAUAACACGAAACAAAAACAUUUGGAAUUCACAUUUUUAAACGUUUGCAGUUAAAACACCUAUGUAGGCCACUUAAAACAUAUUUGACCUUAAUCAGAGCUGUGAAAAUAAUAAAUACCCUCGCGAGAGUGCAUCUUGGCUAAUGGUGGCUGCAUUCCAACACAGAGGAUUGUCGCUGGAGAAAAGUACCGUGUCAUUGAACCGCCCAGUGAUGAAAUGCUCUGUUUCCGCGAAUUCCUGGCAAAUAAAAUCAAUUAUCAUGACACCGUUACACGAGCCGUUGCCAAACAACAAAGAGACUAUUAGUAUUGAAACGUCAACGUCGUUAAAAUAUAAUUACGAAGGUUCUCUCGCAUCUAAUGGAUGUACCUGCCAUUCCUGAUAACUGAUUCAGCAAGGCUAUAAAUACAAGCUAGGCACGUGUGUUAAUUCCAUAGAACGCUAUUUAAUAUAGAUAACCACGUCAUGUUAUUGUCGCGGUGGCACCGGAUAAGCGCUGCGACCGGCCGAUUGUCUCGCGACUAUCGUAAAUAACUCGCACCGUGUCCGGUGUCGACCACGAAUACAGAGUUGCCGACGAUGGCUGGCGAAUCCUGGCGUCGCCGCCACUCGCCGCCCAGCCAUCCGCGUCCCCUAACGCGGCACGCUCGACGCAGGCUUCCUUUCUAACGUUCCAAGUGAGCUAGCAGCAACGCGCGCUCCCGCGCUCGACAUCGACAAGUCGAGAACCAGUGGUUAGGCAUGCUCUCGGUGCGCUCACAGGAAACAGCCUCCGCGCUAGGAAUACGGAUGAGCGUGACGUGUGCCGUGGGCCUGACGACUUAUCUAAACUGAACCCUAGUCUUCGGUAUCUACCCACGUUAAAUUAUUACUGUCUCUAGGUGUCCAUUUACAAAGCGUAAAGUAACCCUAUUUAUCGACGACGUGCAAUUUGAGAAAUAUAACGACGAUCUCGAACCAAGGACUGGCAUUGGCCGUCGGCUAUGAAUUCCUGCUGAGGCAGAAACAAUGGACAUAUGAUAUAAAUAGGUGGAAUAAAUAUAAAAUGGUAGUGUUUAUUUGGUCUAUUUUACUGGCUGAACGAUAUGCGAAGGGUGCAUAGAGGGCGGGCAGGGAUCGAGCGAGCCCGAAGUAUUGCCGUGGUCCGAUAGCAUCGGUGCGCAGCGCGCUAUAAAUAGAUGAGCAGGCGGACCCUUGAACCAGCCGCGGUCGUCACUACGCGCCUCAAAGGGUUACUGCUUAAUAAACUUAAUAAUACAUACAAAUAUAUAGAACACGACAUAAACCAAGCCUGUAUUUUAAUGCAAAUAUGAAUACAACGAAAAUAGUCCUUUAUACUAUAGAUUCAUUACAUUACGAAGGAGACGAGAUGAACUUGUCUAUUAAUUCCAUGAUUUACUAAAUAAUUAAAUAUGUUUUACGGUUUAUUUUGUUUGUUUAUUAAAUGAAGACUCUUAAACUAGUCAGGGCACAAAAUAACUUAGUUAGAGGUAAUUAAGUGGUGGCAUGCGACAUCCCUGUUCGUUGCUCCGCAGCUCCGGUACCGCAACAAUCCACCAUAAAACACGGCAGACGGGGUGCAGCUUCUCGCUUGUUCGCUUUCAUUCGCGCAUGCGGACGACGCUUAUUUUUUUCCCUGAUUAGAGUAAAAGAUGCGCAACCGGUCGUGGAGCGAAGGCCACUGCCAGGGACGGGCGUGAGUCGCGCUGCGCCCGCGCCGCCUCCGCGCCCGCUAAUGAUGCGACUCCACUGAACCACUCCUAAUUGGACGAACGCCCGACCGCUCCAGGAAAAAAUAUCCGCCAACCAUGCACACAACACAGAAUAAUCAGAAUUGCAAAACAUCUCCACUUUGAAUCAUACGAAUUAUUAAAUUCCAGCUAAAUUAACUAACAUAGGUACGGCACAGAAGCAUAAUACGAAUAUAAAAAUGUGUCCUUUACCUGGAAAGGUUUUUUAAUACGAUGUGCCUACUUGCUCUCCACUUUUUAUCACUUAUCAAGAUGUGAGGUGUGAAUAUUAAAAUUAAAUGAUUCGUUUCGGAGAACUAUAAAGUUUCCGUGUUACAUCACAGGGACGCUUUAAUGACAUAAUAAUGUUUUAUAAACACCAUUACAGUUACUUGUAUUCUUUCCUUGGUGUACCAUGGCGAAUGCGAUUAUGUCAGAGGCACGUACUCUAUAAGAAUUGCCCUUUAAUAACGGUAGAAGUAUAGUGAACAGUCGCAGAUUGCAGACGUACGUACUAAGUCUAUCUAGCUCCAUCGAUGCGGCUUGACUAAUGAAGAUUUAAAUCGACGGUGGUGUAAACCGAGUCCCGUUUUGCAUCCUUCUAUUUAUCAUACGAAGGGCCUAAUAGAAUAUCUGGUGCGGGUUUGGAAGAAGCCGCCGUUGGUUUACUGCGACUACCAUGGACAUUCCCGCAAGAAGAAUGUCUUCUUUUACGGCUGUGCGGGCGCCGAGAGCUGGUGCAGCAACGACCGGAUUGUACCAGAUGAGCCCGUCAAAUACUUAAUGUUACCGGCGCUAAUGCAUCGAAUAUCACCGGCAUUCGCGCUCGGAUCCUGCUCCUUCCGCGUCGAGCGGGAGCGAGAGAGCACCGCAAGGGUCACCAUCUGGAGGCACCUUGGGGUCACAAGAUCGUAUACCAUGGAGGCAUCCUUCUGUGGCUUCGACAGAGGACCUUUUAAGGGUUUUCACUUAAACACUCAUCAUCUGCAGAGCGUAGGCAGCGACUUCUGCGAGGCAUUGAAUGGCCUUAACGACACCGCGACAAAUGUAGAUAUACAACUCACCAAGGACCUGAACGGAAAUAUCGUUGAAAUAUAUUUGAACGAUGCAGUAAACGACAGUGAGAUCGCGGUGGACAGCGAGCCCGGCUCCGGCUCGGACAGUGUUUUGAAGACAGACUCUGAUGAGGACUUCGACUAAUAGAUUUUUUAUAUAAUAACCUUAGGCUAAGCGCUUGCUACGAAAAUAAAAGCCAGGUGCGGUCUGUGUCACGAACUUAUGUCAUAAUGUUAGGUGUAGUCCGCAGUGCAGGUCCAAGGGUUCGUGACGAGGCAGCAGAUCUACUUGCGUGUCUAAAAAGAGUAAUAGUUACAAAAUUAGGAGUUCAUAAACAAAUCAGUGGUAUACUAGACAUGGACGUUUGCUAGUUUUGUGAAGUCCCUAGACAUAUCGGCCGAACUCGACAACAUAUAAUUGCAUAAGCGUGGGCUAUUUAGAAGUUUUACUUCAUAUUUUGUAACGAUUUUACAUAAUGUUUUGUUGUCAUUUUAGUGUUGCUCCAAGAUAUCAUGUUGUGUACAAAAUUUGACCGUGUAUCGUUAUGCCGUGGAGACCACACAGGUUGUUUAGUUUGGUUUGAUGUGAUAUUAAUUAAAUUAUAAGUGGCUUGUGAUCUCAAUUACAAAUAAAUUAUGAAAUCAC